GGCCCCCGGAUGAAGCGGCAGACUGCUGCCUGGGGGAGCUGGGGUGAGUGGGGCCAGUGCAGCCGGAGCUGUGGUGGUGGAGUCAGCCUUCGGCAACGGCGCUGCUACUCCCAAAGGACAGAAGGUGCUUCCAGUUGUGUUGGACCAGCUCGAAGUUAUCGGUCAUGCAACAUUCAGAGCUGCCCAGAUGGCUCCCGGGAUUUCCGGGCAGAGCAAUGUGCAGAGUUCGAUGAGACAGAAUUCCAAGGGAAGAAAUACAAGUGGCUCCCAUAUUAUGGAGUGCCUAAUAAGUGUGAGUUGAACUGUAUUCCCAAGGGAGAGAACUUCUACUACAGGCACAAGGAAGCAGUGGUAGAUGGGACUACCUGUGAACCUGGCAAGCGGGACAUCUGUGUAGAGGGAGUUUGUCAGGUUAUUGGCUGUGACAACAUGCUGGAAUCUGCCAAGAUGGAAGACAAGUGCCUGCAGUGUGGAGGAGAUGGCAGCACCUGCUAUCUUGUGAAGGGCACUUUUGAUGUGCCCAGCCUCCCCAAAGGUUACAAUCAAAUAUUCAUCAUCCCUGUGGGAGCCACAAGCAUUCAAAUUAAGGAGGUUAUGCCCAGCAGGAACUUCCUGGCUGUGAAGAACGUGCGAGGGGAGUACUACCUGAACGGGCACUGGACCAUCGACUUCAGCCGGGCGCUGCAGGUGGCCAGCACGGUGCUGCACUACGAGCGUGGCUCGGAGGGUGACCUGGCCCCAGAGCUCCUCCACGCCAGGGGUCCCACCACGGAGCCCCUCGUCAUCGAGCUCAUCAGCCAGGAGCCCAACCCCGGGGUGCAGUACGAGUACUACCUGCCCGUGCAAGGACAGCCCCCGGGUUACAGCUGGAGCUACGGGUCCUGGAGCGAGUGCAGCGCCGAGUGUGGAGGAGGUUUCCAAACCCGCUUGGUGUUUUGUACCAUAGACAAUGAAAUUUAUCCAGACUAUAUGUGCAGGAAUAAACCACAACCAGACAAUAACAGGACAUGUGGCCAUCAGACUUGUCCCCAGACAAAACG